AUGAUUUCAAAAAUUCAUCUAUUUGAUCCAUCACCAUUAAUGUUACUUGCAAUAGCGCAUGUAGGUGAUACAUUAGCAUUACUUUGUCAGACUUUAACAGGAAAAGUCUUACCAAUUACUGAAACUCACCAUCCUGAAUCUAGAGUUGAAUUUGCAAGAUUAAGAAAGAUAUUUGAAAAACUAGGCGUAACUGGUGAACCUGAUAUUGUUGAAAAAGUAUUAAAAGGCAUUUAUAGUAAUAGUAUCAGAUGGUGUUUCAGAAUUCAUGUCAAAUCAAGAAAGUAUGAUUGGUGUUGUACUGAAAUCAACACAAAAGCACAGAAUUAA